UAGCAGCAUCUUACAACUGCGAUUUACAACAAUUCACAACCACUUACGUCUACGUUUACGCAAUUAUAAAUGAUAUUGCGGAAAAUCUUGGCUUAUCAAAUUGUCUGGACACAUUGGCUAACAAAUUAAGCGGUGGCGAACAGAAAAGACUCUCGAUCGGCGUCGAAAUGAUCACGAAGCCAUCCGUUUUCUUAUUAGACGAGCCAACAAGCGGUCUCGACAGUGUGGCCUCUAAUCAGGUAUGUAAAUUAUUAAUGCAGUUAUUAAUUAAUUAAUUAACGGUCGUUUUUACAAAGAAAUUAUUUGA